AUGAGCGGCGACGUGUCGAGGUGCGCGAGGCACCCGGCGCAGCCCCCCUUCACGGGCUUCUGCUCCGCCUGCCUCCUCGAGCGGCUCUCCGUCGCGGCACUCCCUGCGACGCCCCCCGCUGCCCCCCUUCCUCUCCCUUCACCUCCUCCGCCCCGAGAGGCCACGCCGGCGGCGGCGCAGGCGCUGGAGGGGAGGACCACGCUGCUCCGCCUCUUCCAGCUGCACGACCAGCAGGACCGCCCUCCGUCCCCGACGCAACAGCAGCAGCAGCAGGAGGCGCCGCCGCAGCUGCAGCGGAAGCGCUCCCUCCGCCAGUCGUGCGAGUGGAUGGUCUGCUGCGAGCACGGCACCGGCGCCGACUCCUCCUGGCUUCCCUCCCGCCAGUCCUGGGACGCCAACGACCCAGCCUCUGCCUCCACAUCCGCCGCAGCCGCGCCCAGCACGAGCACCGCUGCCUCAGCUUCCCACCUCGUCCUCCACUCCAACUCCAAGGACAUGCCGUGGUGGGAGCGCACCCGCAGGGCCGCCCACCCGAUCAGGGGCCUCCUCGGCAGGUCGCUGUCCUCACACUCAUGGAGGGACACGGACGCGCCGGCGAGGUCCCGGAUGCAGGGUGUAGCGGCCAGGAUCAACGGCGGCGGCAGCCACUCCGUUUCGUCCUCCGCCGGCGGGGUCGACUCUGAGGUGUCGCCCGCGGACUCGCUCCACGCCCAGCACCUACAUAGCGGCGCUCGCCAUGGCAGCGGCUCCCUGGCCAGGCGGUUCUACUGGCUGGGACGCAGCCGCAGCGUCCACUACAGCGAGGAGGAGACGAGGAGGAGCCCCGGCACCGGGAUGCUGCGCUUCAAGAACCAUGGGAGGCGCCUCAACCUCUUUGCUAUGCAGAGACAUCAGCAACAAUGAUAGCUAAUCUCUCUUGCCUAUG